UGGCGGCGUCCAGUGUGGCGGCGGCAGCGGCGAGGUUCGGACGCACGAUCGCGCGCACCAUUUCAAACCCGCCCCCCUAGUGUGGUGAGCAGGGCUGCGAGACGCAACGAUGGCAAAGUCGCGCGCCGCCCGUCGCAACCGAAAUUAAUUUACAUACAGCAACAAAACUUUGCACACGCCAAACAAUUUUUCAUUUCAUAAAUCUAUUCUAUUGUGCUGCGUACAUAAACAAAUCGUCAUAAUAAUCAAAAGCAAGAAACAAUAAACAAAGAAGCGUGCGAAGCGGUAAAUAAAUUGCAGGGGAUUAAUACAAACGUAAUGAGAAAAUAUGCUAUAAUAUUUGAAUUUAAUAGUCGUUAAAGUUUUGCAAUUGAUUCAAAUGGUUUAUUAGACUGAAACGUGGAUAUCGUGCGUGUUGACAGGAUGCGAGAGAAAAAGACAAUUGGAGGAAAUAUGUUAGUGUUGAUUGUUGCCGUUUUUGGAGCUUUAACAGAUGUGGUUGAAGGUUUUGAUUCCCAUCUUCGGGGACCGGCGUUCGUGAUGGAGCCGCCAACGCGACUAGAGUUUUCCAAUUCAAGCGGAGGAUGGUUGGAUUGCUCGGCGUCUGGUAGUCCACAGCCGUCGAUCGACUGGCUGUCGGUGGACGGCACUUCCGUCGGCGACGUUUCCGGCAUCCGGCGCGUGCUGCGCAACGGCACGCUUGUUCUGCUACCAUUUGCAGCCGCCGCCUACCGUCAGGACAUCCACAGCACUGUAUAUCGAUGUGUUGCUACUAAUAGCAUUGGCAGGAUCAUCAGUCGGGACGUGCAAGUGCGAGCUGUCGUCACGCAGGCUUUCAAAGUCGACGUCGAAGUGCAAGCGGCGGCGCGGGGGUGUACGGCGGUGCUGAAAUGCGUUGUGCCGGCGUUUGUCAAGGACCUGGUGCGGAUCAUCGCGUGGGUUCAAGAACCUUCUUUCUAUAUUUACCCCUCGUUACAAGGAGACGGAAAGUUCCACCAGUUGCCCUCCGGAGAGCUGCUCAUACACAACUUGGAGUUCAGCGACCAGUUUCCCUCGUAUCGCUGCCGGACGAUGCACCGUCUCAGCCGGCAGGUCGUCAUCAGUAGUUCGGCGAAUGUGCGCAUAAUAGAGCAUCGCGGAAUCGUCGCUCCAGUGAUCAUCGAAAACUCGGGAAUCGUGACUGUCGCCCAGGAUGAAGGCGCCGCACUGAUUUGUAUCUCUCAAGGAUGCCCAACUCCAGAAUAUAGUUGGUUUACUCACAAUGGCCUCGAACAAAACCUCUUGGUACCUGGUCCACGAACCCGUCAACUAGGCCCUGUCUUAGCUAUAGAAGCAGUGACAGUAGAAGAUGGCGGCUUGUAUAAGUGCACCGCUUCGAAUGCAGGUGGCGAAGCAAGCGCUGAACUACGUCUUGUAGUCUCAACUAGUCUCCACGUUGAGAUAUCACCACCAGUUCUCAGUGUUGACAUGGGUGGAUCAGCAGAAUUCAAAUGUUCUGUAUCCGCACAAAAUGGUGGACCUUAUUUAGUCACUUGGUACAAAGAUGGCCGCCAGUUACCUACAACUGGAAGAGAAUACGUUGUUGGUCAUGUUGGCAGAGAAGAUCGUGGCAUGUAUCAGUGUAUUGUAAGAAGAGCAGAAGGAGAUACAGCCCAGGCAGCAGCGGAAUUACAACUUGGUGACGCGCCACCGACGCUCAUUUAUAGUUUUAUCGAGCAAACUCUUCAACCAGGCCCGGCCGUUUCGCUUAAAUGUAGUGCAACGGGUAACCCCACACCUCAGAUCUCUUGGUCGCUAGAUGGCUUUCCGCUCCCCAGUCACGGCAGGUUCGUGAUCGGGCAGUAUGUUACCGUACACGGUGACGUUAUAAGCCACGUGAACAUCAGUCAUGUAAUGGUUGAAGAUGGCGGCGAAUACACAUGCAACGCUGAGAAUCGUGCCGGAAGAACUUCGCACGCUGCAAGACUCAAUAUCUACGGAUUGCCAUACAUCCGAUUGAUUCCGAAGGUGACGGCCGUCGCCGGUGAGACGUUGCAGUUGAAGUGCCCGGUUGCUGGUUACCCGAUCGAGGAAAUCCAUUGGGAGCGUGGCGGGCGCGAACUGCCCAACGACCUGCGGCAGAAGGUGCUGCCCGACGGCACGCUGCAAAUCAAUCCGGUGCAGAAGAAAGCCGACACCGGCGUGUACACCUGCUGGGCGCGCAAUAAACAAGGACAAAGCGCGCGCCGCAGCGGGGAAGUGACAGUCAUAGUUCCUCCCAUUAUCGAGCCCUUUUCCUUUCAAGACGGGCUCUCGGAAGGCAUGCGAACCCGUACGGUGUGCGGCGUUAGCGCCGGCGACCAACCGCUGGUCGUCUCCUGGCUGAAGGACGGCCAUCCGCUGACCGCCGCGCUGGGCGCAAACGUGUCGGCCCUUGACCCCUAUUCUAGCCUCCUCAGCAUUUCCAGCCUCGACUCGCGGCACUCCGGCGACUUUACGUGCGUCGCCAGCAAUCCGGCCGCCGAGGUCAGGUACACCGCCAAGCUGCAGGUCAAAGUGCCGCCACGUUGGUUGGUCGAGCCGAUGGACGUCAGUGUCGAACGCAACCGCCAUGUUGCACUUCAUUGCCAAGCGCAAGGAGUUCCGACACCGUUAGUCACAUGGAAGAAAGCAACAGGGAGCAAAUCUGGUGAUUACGAAGAAGUGCGUGAUCAAAUGUACACGAAAAUCUUAGAAAACGGUACCCUGCUUCUCCAACACGUCAAAGAAGACAGGGAAGGAUUUUAUCUUUGCCAGGCUGACAAUGGUAUUGGCACAGGUAUUGGUAAAGUCAUACAACUUCGUGUCAAUUCAUCACCAUACUUCUCGGCACAAGCCCGAAUGAUCUCUGUCAAAAAAGGUGACACAGCAUCAUUACACUGCGAGGUUAGUGGUGAUAAACCCAUCAGUGUAAUUUGGCUCAGAGGUAGUAAGACGGAAUUAAACCCAUCGACAAACUACCGCCUCCGAGUGAAACAAGAUAGUACACCUGAAGGUGUUGCUGCUGAGCUGCAAAUUGACUUGGCGGAAGCCGCAGACAGUGGUACUUACAUUUGUCAAGCGAGUAAUCUUUACGGUAGAGACCAACAAAGAGUGCAACUGCUUGUUCAAGAACCUCCGCUAGCUCCCCAGUUGUUGGAAGCUUCCAUGAUUAGUAGUAGAUCUGUGAAUAUGAAAUGGCAGCAUAGAUCUGGGGACUCCAAUGAGGUGUUUAAGUUUAUUGUGGAAUAUCGGGAAAUUGAUCGUCCUUGGCAUCAGAUUGAAUUAGCUGAUACCCCACUGCAAUUUACUGCCCUCAUAGAAGAUCUCAAACCAGCAACGAGGUAUGCUUUCAGGGUGAUUGCCGAAGGACCAGCCGGCAAAAGUGCACCCAGUGUUGAGCUUUUGGUACGAACAGAACCUCAACGUCCAGCGGGUACACCAUUAAACCUAGCUGUACGUUCAGUGUCAUCUACCGAGUUGCUGGUCACCUGGACCCCACCACUGCCAGAGUUACGUCACGGAGAUAUACAGGGUUACAAUGUGGGUUUCCGCAUUGGUAAUAGUGGUUCAUAUAACUUUACUUCCAUCACUGGAGAUGGUGAGGAUGGAAGUGGGGAGUUACUGUUUGGUGGGUUGGCGAAAUAUACGCGCUAUACUAUUGUUGCUCAAGCUUUCAACGAAAUUGGUGCUGGUCCUCUAAGUGAACCAGCUACAGCUCAAACUAUGGAAGAUGUGCCAAGUUAUCCUCCUGAAGAUGUCCGUUGUGCUUCCCUAACAUCCCAAUCUCUACAAGUGAGUUGGCAACCGCCCCCAACAGAGCAAUGUAAUGGUUUAGUCCAAGGUUACAAACUUACUUAUGAACCAGUCUUGGAUGACAGCUGGCGAGGUAAUGAUGAAAUGGAAACUCGUAAAACCACCGCCCUUACCACAGUCAUCACCGGCUUGAGAAAGUUCACUAAUUAUAGUUUACAAGUCCUUGCAUUUACGAAAGUCGGUGACGGGGUUCUUACAUCAACCACAUUUUGCCAAACAGAAGAAGAUGUGCCUGGACCUCCAGCAGAUAUCAAAGCAGUCGUUAGUUCACCACAAUCUUUGUUAGUUUCAUGGCUACCACCUUUAGAUGCAAAUGGCGCUAUAACAAAAUUCACAUUAUACAAACGAAGCAUGGAAGGACGUCAAGAAAUUGAUCACACUAAACAAACUAUAUCUAGUCAACAUACCAGUUAUGAAGUGAAAGGUAUUCAACCACAUGUGGAAUACCAAUUCUGGGUGACUGCUUCAACCAGAAUCGGGGAAGGUCAGAGCUCCAAAGUUGUCACUCAGGUUGCUUCUAAUAGGGUACCAGCAAGAAUUAUUUCCUUUGGUGGUAUUGUGGUGAAACCCUGGCGUGGAUCUGUUGCUUUAUCGUGUAUAUCAGUGGGAGCACCAAAACGGGAGUGGUUACGCAGUGAUCAGAUACUCAAAGGUGGAGCAAAUCAUAAUAUCCAGCUGCUGGACACUGGGGAACUUAUUUUAUCCAACCUACAACUAUCUGAUUCCGGAAAUUACACGUGCCAAGUGGAUAAUGGGCAAGGGUCUGACAAAGCAACCUACAACUUAGUUGUUCAGGUACCUCCAUCUGCUCCAAUGUUGUUUGUGACGAGCGCUACAAGUAGUAGCGUUUUGCUUCAUUGGAAGCCAGGAAUUGAUGGUGGGGCUUCUAUAAAUGGAUAUACAUUGAACUAUAGGAAGGAACAUGGAAAUCUGGAUGAAGUUCGAUUGUCUCGACAUGCAAUGACGUUUGAAUUGAGGGGACUUUUGUGUGGAACAACAUAUCAUCUCUAUCUGGUAGCUCAUAAUAAAAUUGGGUCUAGCCCAGCAAGCCAUCCACUGCAAGCAAGAACUCAGGGCCAUCCUCCAGGAGUACCAUCAUCACAGAGUUUCAUUUCACCAAAUUCCACAUCAGUUAUUCUAAGGUUACAUGUGUGGCCGGACAAUGGCUGUCCAAUAUUAUAUUUCAUCCUACAAUAUCGCAAGGCGUCGGAAUCCCAGUGGACUCUGGUGUCUAACGCUCUGAAACCACAACGUCGUACCGCCAUUACGGGACUCACCCCAGCUACGCAAUACAUUGUCAAAUUAGAAGCACACAACAUCGCUGGGUUUUCCACUGAAGAGUUUGCUUUCAUGACAUUGACAAAAGAAGGAGAAAUACCUCCUCCGGAUCUCAUGCAACAAGGUCACGACGCCAUCGCUUUCUACGCCGAUGCGAAAGUGUUUGUGCCGUUGAUAAUCGUCGUGGUUUUGAUCAUCCUUUCGGCCGCCACAACCGUCGCCUGCCUGCGACAUCGCCAAAAUGAAGCUGCCAAAGAACAAUUAGAUAAUCAGCACAACGCGGAGGCGCAACGCGAACGCUAUUACGCCACCAUACAUAAAGUCGCUCUGCAGGCCGGAGAAAAAAUUCCAGAAACAUCCGAGGACAUCUCGCCGUACGCAACAUUCCAGCUGACAGAGCCGAGUACGCUGCCACAGAAUACAAUGCUGCAUAGCUUCAUGUAUCACGAGCACGCUAUGACCGAGGGCUGCGCUUCGCCGCCCCCAGCGUCGUCAGUGCAACGCAACUCACCGUACUACAACAUCCAAAAAUAUCAAAGCUCCAAAGGCCAUGGCCGUCGACGGGCGAACCGGAAAACGGACGUGGACAGUGAUGAAAGCGAGUCUGAUCCGGAUCAACUCACAAGCAGCAGGACAGAAUCCUCUAAUCACUUGGACUUGAAACAUAAGCACAAUUUCAUCUAUCACGGCGCGCAGUCCAGCACGUCGUCGGACAUCUCUCCGAUGUCCGAGCAGAAAUCGCUGCCGCGGCGAGGCCGCGCGAGGUGGCUGCAGCAGCGUGCCGGCUCGCAACGCCACAUGCUGCCGGUGCUCUCGGUCGCCGAGACGGCCUUCGGCCCCGAGCAGCAACAGCAACAGCAGCAGCACACGCCCGACCGGCCCGAGCUGAGCGAGGCCGAGUGCGACAUCGACACGCUGAAGAAGCUCAAGCUCGGCUUGCGCAGCUCGCUGUGGUCACGACCGAGCAGCUCCGGCCAGGCGACCGACUACUCCAUCGCUGUUUAAUGCGCGUACACACGCCCCCGCAAUCCGCCAAACUAAUCUACAAAACAAAACUAACGAAACCGCAUGCCAAAACUGAAUGAUAUCAAAAAACUGGAAACUCAUCAAACUCAAACAUAGACUAUUAAGACUUCUUACCACUUAAGAUAUGAAAUCAAACGAAUGUUUUUUUAAACAAAGGGGCGAAGCGUACAAUACACCAGUAUUCAAGUUUAGCGUUUAACUAAAUGAGGGUAAAAACACUUUGUAAUUAAAGUACAUACAUAUAAAUAUGAUAAAUUAUGAGAUAAUGAAAUCAUUUGUUAACAGUUAUUGCAAAUUAUACACUGAUUACUAACUGCGUUCAUCUAAUGAAUCAAAAUUAAACGAAACUAAAAGCAAAAAGAAAAUCAUGAAUCGAUAAAUUUUAUACCAAAAAUGAUGAAAAGAAAAAACCUGUGAAUUUACAUGGAUAUAUUCUAUUAGCGUUUUGUUUGAGGGAAUUUAUUAAUCUAUAAGUAUAACGGCGAGAAACAAGUUUCAGACCGUUAUUGUUCAUUAAAACCGCAAAAUAAUAAAACUUUGGACGGAUAUACCUUUCGACAUUUUCAAGAUUUUUCCACACACAACACAUACACACACACACAAGACAUACUCUAUUGUGAAUAUAUCAUUUUAUAUAUUACAUAAUAAUGCAGUAAUUAUAGCGAAAUUAUUCGAAAAUGAAACGAAAUUUCCAAAUAAGUCUGUGUAACAAAAUGGAACAAUCAAUGUGAAACGUACAUAAUGAAAAUAUGAAAUCAAAACUACUCCCCCACAUCAAAUCUUAUCCCCCUGUAACUGUAUACAAGUAUGUAUUAUAGAAACCAAUUUAAUUGAAAUAAAUUACUGUAAAAUUCC